UGAAAGAAAGAAAGAAAGAAAAGAAAGUAAAAGAAAAAGAAGAAGCAAAUAUGAAAGAAAUUUCGAAAUUUUCAUCUCAACGCUACAGUAUUGUAAAUUCUGAUGAUUGUGAUUAUAAUGAUAGUAAGUCUCAAAAUCAACAGCAGCAGCAGCACCAACAGCAACAGCAAUUGCAACAACAACAAAAUGUGGCAUCAAACAAUGAGACAAAGAAAAGCUUAAAAAAUAAUUGCCGUUCUGUUGGCUGCUCUGAUGUCUUGAACUCAUUUUUCCAUCAACGAAGACAAAAUAAACGAGCGCGACCGCCAAAACGUUCAUUUCUGCUUUUAGUUCUUGGCAUUCUAGCAAUAUGUAUCGCGAUUUUAUGUAAAAUUGUUCAUCCUUACGAUAUGAUCUUCAAUUGGAAACUAAUUAUGAGAGAGAACAAUGAAAUGUUUGACUUGUGGGCAAAGCCACCAAUUGAUCUAUAUAUUAAAAUUUAUCUGUUUAAUAUAACAAAUGCCGAAGCUUUUCUCGCGGGACGCGAGAAGAUGAAUGUUCAACAAGUGGGUCCCUAUGUAUACAGAGAACUAUUUACCCAUGAGAAUGUUACAUUCAAUGCAAAUGAUACCAUGUCUGCGUUACCACGUCAUCCACUCGUUUGGCAAGAACAUUUAUCUGAAGGCAAUAAGGAAGAUGAUCCAGUUGUUAUGUUAAACAUAGCAAUGUUGGCAAUCUCUCACUUAACUGCUGAUCGAAAUAUUAUCGUACGUUUAUCGUUGAAUUCAUUAUUUAGUACCCUAAAGUCUGAACCUAUUGUACGUAUGACAGCCAAAGAAUUCAUGUUUGGCUAUAAUACAAAAUUAAUCUCAUUGGGUAAUACAUUUUUGCCGAAUUGGAUCUAUUUCGAUAAAGUCGGUAUUAUUGAUCGGAUGUACGAUUUCGAUAGUGAUUAUGAAACAUUUUACACGGGAAGAAGUGAUCCCAGUCUUUCGGGUUUAUAUGCUACCUAUAGAGGUAAUACAGAUUUGCCAAAUUGGCCGGAAAAACAUUGCAGUAACAUUGAAAUGGCUUCAGACGGCAGUAAAUUUCGUAGUUUUAUUAAACCAAACGAUACGUUAAAAUUCUUUCGCAAGAGUAUGUGUCGUCCUAUUCAUUUGGUAAGGGCCGAUACAGAUAUUGUAAAUAAACGCGGUUUAAAAGGCUAUCGCUAUCGUUUUGAAGAUAAUGCUUUCGAUAAUGGUCGUUAUAAUGUUGAAAAUAAAUGCUUCUGCCGUAAAGGUAAUUCUUUACAGCAAUCGGGCUUACCGUUAUCAUUAACUGCUAAAGUACAAAUAAAUUUACAUUUCAAAAAUAUGCGAGCCUUUCGUCAAUUGCAGGCAUUUAGCUAUCAAACCAUACCCACUCUAUGGUUCGACAUUACAAUGCCGCAAUUGCCCGAUGAAAUGAAUUUGCUAUUCAGCAUGUAUUUGAAUGUUUUACCUUAUGCUGAACCUAUUAUAUUUUGGAGUUGCUCGAUCAUUGGUUUUACGUUAGUAUUCUAUGCCAUUACACGUGCCACGUUACGCAUGUCCAAUUUGGGUCAUUCAACGCAUAUCUCCGAUGGUAAUCGAUAUGGUAAAGCGAAUCUAUUGAAUUCGCAAAAUGGCGUUUACAAGUCAUGCGAAUUGAAACAAAUCGAAGGUAAAGAAAAAUCACGACUUUUACCAGGCGAAACCUACGCUCGUAGCAAUGUUAACGAAGAGUAUUGUGAGAAAGAAGAAAGCAAUAGAGCAAGAUCGUAUAUUUUGGAUUUAGAACCGACCGCCUUGUCGGCCUCGGAUUGCGGAAGCAAUACCGGCAGUUCGAGCAAUGAUGAGGGUAAUGAUAGCGACACCGCUACGAUGACCAUAAGUCGAAAUUCUUCAUCGUCCAGUUGCAUGGGAAUGCAAAUUUCAAACAAGAGCAACGACCACAAUAACGACGAUGUAGAAAAACAGACAAUUAUUAGCUUCACCAGUAGCAGCGGUUAUGAUACUUCAAUAACAGAAUCUUAAGAUUACAUAGUUCACGCGAAAGACAAGUCUUAAAGGGAAAGCUUUACAUGAUGAUAAUGAUGUUGAUGAUUAUUAUUAAUUGAAUUAAUUAAACGGCAAAUGGUGAUUAAAUUAAGUUAAUAACAUACGUUGUUAAGACAAAAAUCAAAAUACUGUGAUACUGUGUUAAUUAAAACUCAGCAGCAACGUUGAUCGGGCUCCAAGUAACAAACGAAAAAAAAAAAACAAAAAAA